GUGAAUCGAUCAGCCGAUGGGGAUCUGCAGAGGGUGGAGGAGCCCUCUUUUCUUCUCCCUUCUCCCCCUCGCUCUCUUCCUUCCUCUGAUCCUCUCAGUCUCAAAAUUGCAUCGUAGUAAUCCGAUCCCACAAGUUUCGAAGAGAAGUCGCCACCAAUAAAUCAGAUCACCUCGUUCUCGGGCCUGCCGCUGGGCAGGGACUGCCCGACCGCCUCCAAUGCCAAGGGCUCAGUGCUGUCAAUAAGAUCCAUGCUUCAAGUUCACAACAGAACCUUCACACUAGGGAUGACAUUUCGUUUGCAACAGUUUAUACAAUCUACAACAACUCCAUUAGAUCGGAUUCUUCUAGGAUACGUGAUGGUAACUGUUGCAAACAGUACGUAUAGCAAAGCUGAAAGGUCCAUUGGCAUUCUGAAUGUGCUCGUCGAUUUCAUACAGGUGUCAAUACCAAGAAGCAGCAUAAUUGUAUUGACUGAUCCUGCUUCUGACUUUACCAUAAACAGAAGUAACACAACAAUAUUACCAAUACUGGGAGAUUAUUCACAAGGAAAUUUGUUGCUUCAGAGAAUCAGCUCCUACAUUGUAAGAUCCUGUUCAAGUAAUUUAUAACGAGCUUCAGUUGUUUUUAUUCGCAUAUUUUAAGCGAUUAUACAUUGUUUUCUUAAUUUACUGCAUGAAAUUAUACUAUUAUCCAUUUUCAGUUAGGUUUCUGGCUUACGAACAAACAUACAUAGGACUUUUGCACCAGAUUUUAUUCCUUGUUUUCUUUUGUUUUAUCCCUUUUUUGGGUGAAGAGGAAUCUAG